CGGCUAGUUUGCCGUAUGCAUUUGCUAACCGUAUCUCCAGAGCAAACACGCAGUUCACAAUCACGAGCUUUCAAGUUCAAUAGAUCAGUCUAAAAGUUAACCCAACCUUCAGACCGCCCGCCCCCUUGAUGUUACAUAUUAUCUCGGUUCUGCAUUUUGGACCUAACAGUCAUAAACAUGAUAAGGGAAUUUCGUCAGUCCUGGAGUCUGCGGCUCAGGCGAAGAGGGAGGACAGCGCCUGACUUACUGAAACUCAUUACUUACCUUCUCAUAGGGUUUGUAGAAAUGGCUAACGAACCACUCUUCGUCAAUGUGAGCAAGUGGAUUUCGGAGAAUGAAAAUGCCUUCCUGCCGCCAGUGUGCAACAAACUCAUGCAUUUUCGCCAGCUGAACAUCAUGUUUGUGGGCGGUCCCAACACUAGGAAGGAUUAUCACAUUGAAGAAGGUGAAGAGCUCUUCUAUCAGAUCCAUGGGGACAUGUGUCUGAAAAUAGUGGAGAAUGGAAAGCACAAGGACAUCCACAUCCGUGAGGGAGAGAUGUUUCUGCUCCCCGCUCGGAUCCCGCACUCCCCACAGCGGCAGGCCAAAACAGUGGGUUUGGUGGUGGAGCGCAGGAGACUGCUAACUGAGAAAGAUGCCCUCAGGUACUAUGUGGACAACAGCACUGAGAUCCUGUGGGAACGCUGGUUCCACUGCAAGAACCUGGGAACCCAGCUGGUACCUGUCAUUAAAGAAUUUUUUGCUUCUGAGGAGCACCGCACUGGGAAGCCAAACCCAGCGGACCCACCUAAGAAAGCCCCCUUCCCCCUGAACACUGUAAGCGUGAUGGCACCAUUCCGCUUCAAGGACCGUGUGGAUGGUCUCGGUGCCGAUAUCGCCAGUGGCAAACCAGUGGACAUGUUUGGGCCGGAGUUCGAGACAGAGGUGCUGUUGCUUGGGCCAGGGGAGACCAACACCACCAAGCAUGAGACUGAUCGCUGGAUCUGGCAACUGGAGGGUUCCUCAGAGGUCACUCUCAACGGUGAAAAGUUCAACCUCACCAUGGGAGACAGUGUGCUGAUACCUGAGAAGAACGAAUAUCACUGGAAGAGAAGUAAGGACUGCAUUUCUUUGUUUGUUGCUCAAGACAAUGACCGUAAAAAACCCUUCUAAUCAGCCUCAGCCUUCUCCGGAUGUCUCUGUGUGUGUAAGUGAGUUUCCAAGAGAUAGACAUAGAACAAUAUGGGAUAUUGCAUUAGGUGUACAAUUGCUAAACUUACUUAUUCCUUAUUGUUAAACUUUAAUUUUUAAUCGAUCAUCGCAGGGUUUUUCUUGCAAGAUGGUACAACUUGUUUGCACAAUUGGUUCAAAGCUGACUCAGGCAGAUAGACACAUAUCAGGGUUAACAAUCUAGUGACAUUCUUAUGUGAGAUGUGGGCCUGAUGCACUUUAUGUUGCAAGCUCACUAUCAAUGCUAUCAUAGGCUUGUCAAUUACUUCACACAGGACUCGAUAACCACGAAAUCUCAGGUUUAUGUUUCAAAUAAUUUAACUGUUACCAUACUGGCAUACUACAUUCUCUUAAAGCACAAUGCUAUAGUGAAUAACUAAACUGCAUUCCACAGUGUGUAUAUUUUUUUGUAAUUGAUCAAUAAUGUGGGUAAAUAAUUAUUAUUAUAAUCCAAUCUCGGCAUCCUAUAUUUUAAUGAGAUAAAAUGGCUGGUGUUAUGCAGACGCUUUUAUCAAAGCAACAUGGUUGGACUGGUAACAGCGGGCUGGGAAUUCAAAUCCAGGGAGACCAGUUUGGGUCUUUUUUUGUAAUAUUUAGCAAGAAUGUAUUUUUACUUUGUAUCAACACAUGUAAUUUUUACUACUUAAUUAGUGCAAUGUAAAGUUAGCACAGGAACAGUGUAUGUUGUCCUAAAAUACGCUUCUUAUUAACAUUAUGAUAAAGUGUGCCUCUUUAUCUCAGGGAGGAAGAGGAUUAUAUGUAGAUGAGAAAGAUCAGGCCUCCUCAGAUUACAUUACAAACUAGACAGAAUAUAGACAUUGUAUAUGACUUUCAACUCUGCUAGACUGUGUGUUCACUGACUGAAAAGAAAUCAAUGAGGAAUGGUGGGUGAUUUGGCUGUUAGUUCUGGAAUUCCUGGAACUUCCAUGUAAACAUCUGUGUGUGUGUCUCUGUGUGUCUGUGUGAGAAAAUACAAACGGAAAAGAUAGCCUAACAGGGAAUGUAAAUGAUCGCGUGGGAUCUCCUUGCUGUCAACACUUCAUUGUUCAACCGAUUCCUAUCAGCCUCUGGAAGAUCAUUGAUAUAAUCAACUUGAUAGUCUUACUAAAAAUGUGUAAACAUGUGUCGUUGUGUUUGUAUCAGUAGAUUUCAGAAACAAUUUAAGACACAAACUUUAUGUUUUGCUUCAGAAUCUGCCAGACUUUACUCUCAUCCUGAACAUAUUGAUAACGCUCAAGUUCUCAGUUCUGUUUCUGUACAGUAAUGAAUGCUUCUGAAUUCUACCGCCUGGCUGAUUUAGUUGAAGUGACAAUGCAAUCAAUAAAAUCUGUGUUAGGUA